AUGAGCGCUCAGAAUUCCUCAGAGGAGAAAGCUGUGCAAACAGGGGAAGAUACGAACGCCCCUGCGGCCUCUGCCUCUCCUCAACCUCCUGUAGACCCCUCAGAAAUAAUUUUAAAAGAAUAUGAACCCGUACCAGACGGGCCUACGAGCCUUACUGGAAAUCCUGUCUUUGAUUUCUUAAACCGCUUCCUUGAUGAACUCUACUUCGGAAAGGAGGAAGUAGAGAGGCAGCGAGCAGAGGCCGAAGCAGCAAAAGCAGCAGCAAAAGCAGCAGCAGCAGCAGCAAGAUCCGCAGCCAAGGAGCACCCAUCAUAUCAGCAGCAGCCUUUUGCUGGGGCCCCUCCUCGUUGCGAGGGCAGUACGGAUUACCGCGCGUUUCUGAGAGGCCUUUGCUUCUUCCCAGCAGCAGGGCAGCAGCAGACAGCAGCUCCUCCUCUUCCUGCAGCAACUCAUGAAGAGCCUUUUGCUUCUUUCGAUCCUUUCUCGCGUGAAAUUCUCAAUCAAUUUGCUGCAGAUGAAGCUGAGGUGUAUCUACCUUAUAUGCACUUCCACAAGUUUCCCCCAACGGGGCCUGUUGCUGCUUCCUGCUGCACCGGCAGCAGCAGCAAGGAUCAAUGCUGCAGCAGCAGCAAGUGA